UGUCACUUCACACUGCUAUGUUGCAAAGAAAAUGGCACAUUGUAAUCCACAGGUUCUCCUGCUGUCAGUUCUGUUGACAGUCAUAUCAGCGUGCAAAGAGCGCCAACAUACGAAUGUGGUUGUUUAUCAAGAAGAAGAUGUAGUUCUCCCUUGUGCUGAUUCUAAUGUAAUGGAUCCAAAGAGCUGCCUCAGAUUCAAAUUGAUUAAUGCCACAAAUGCCAGUUGGAUGAAGGUUAUCUUUGCCAGGCCGGAAAUGCCUGAAUUCCAGGAUGCCGAACGUGUGAAACUGAAGGCUGAUGCAAAUGGACGAAUGUCUCUUACUCUGACAAAGUCACAAAAAUCUGAUGAGGGACUGUACAGAUGUGAAAUCUGGCAAGGCUGGGAAUGCAUUCUUGUGAAAAACAUAUCUUUAAGAGUAAGAGACUGCAAAGUGCCGGCAGCAGUGACGGCAGCACCCAGCACAACCUUUAACCUGAACUGUCCAGUGGAAAUAACAUCAAAACAACAAGGACCCCAAAAUAUCUCCUGGGCAAUGCUAAUAGGAGGCAAGCCUGUACCUAUCACCUCUAAAGGGGUUGAAGUUAAUGAGACAGCAUUAGCUUUCCAGUCUGUGAAUUACAGUGACAGUCAGUGGUACAGAUGUGAGUACAUGCUUGGACAAACUCGGCGCUGCUUUGACAUUAAGCUACUGGUUCAAGAAGUGGAAGAUGUUGUUGUGACCACAACUGCUCCAGGUAUUCCAAAAAUACUGUACAUCUUAAUUAAGCUGCAAUUAAAUGGUGUUUUUAUCGCUGAGAUCUGUUUCCUGUCUUCCCCAGCACUGACAACACUGACAAGCACUGAGAUUAUUUCAGAACCCGAGAAAGAGGAGAGCAGUGGAGCAUUUAUUGCAGUGGUAGCUUCAGUCAUUAUUGGGAUUGCCAUAAUGGCUGCACUGAUAGGACUGUUCAUUUACCGCAGAUGUAACACCCCCAGAGUGCCACAGCAGACCCUGAGCUACCCAGGAGGUACUCUCGGUGGUUAUGAGAUUGUGAGUCUUACAUUUUCAGAAGAUCGUUCAAACCGAGUCAACAGCAUAUACCAAGCAGUCCCGGAAGAAGGCCCGUGCACUUUCCGGUAUUAGUCUUUUUCAGUCUUCUCAAGACGAAGAUUUUCCUCGUUAAAUUGAGGUCCUCACUGUCUAAUCUGGACUACCUGAUCAAUCAUGCAUCAUGUCAAAACAUGUAACAUCUACUAACCUGUAAAGUGUUGCAGAGUGUGUUUUGUAUAAAGGAACAUGGAAAAAGUGUGCUCUACUGCAACAUGGAAAAGACUAGCCCCUGUUUUAAGAUGUUGAAAAGACUCUUCCUAAUUACCCUCUUUGUGUUAAUACAUCUAAUCAUCUGUAUUAUUUUUUGUGAAAUGGAGACAUGUUUACAAUCUGUCAAUAAAACCUUUAAUCCAAUA